CCGAAACGCUGGAAUUCCCCCGGAAAAAAUCACAGUGAAGCCAUGCAAUUUUACAUAGUGUGUGCAGUCGCAUUCUUCGCGUGGUGUAUAGACGCGCGACCAGGCGGCUUGCUAGAGCACUACGGUGGAGGCGGCGGCGGCCAUUUUGAAGGCCUCGAGGGCGGCCAUCUUGGAGGCGGCUACGAGAUUGUCGAGCACGAGGGAAUCAGCAAUGAGAUCACGCAUGGAGGUGAAGGGGGUGAAGGAGGUGAUGGCGGACACGGACACCACCAUCAUCAAGAGGAGUAUAUUGAUUACCAUGCACCAGCAAAAUACCACUACGACUACCACGUCCAUGACCUGCACACGCAUGACAUUAAAUCACAAUGGGAGACACGUAACGGAGACAAGGUCAAGGGUGAAUACACCUUGGUUGAACCUGAUGGUUCAAAGAGAAUCGUCUCUUACACGGCAGAUAAACAUACUGGCUUCCAUGCUAUCGUCAAAAAAGUUCAUGACUUCUAAUCAUGUUGCCGAUCACUUUUGUCAGGUCAAAAACAGAAGUCAUCAGAUCUGAUGAAAUUUAACGCGACUUGACAACACCGCUAUUGACCGAUGAUUUUGUUGUUAUUUAUGGUGAUCCUGUAUCAGUAUUUUGUUGUUUGUAUUCGUUACAAGCUAGCUCCAUACGUUGAGGAACUUCCCUCAUUUGGCCUGAUGUAUUAAGGAUACUAGACACCCGGAUGCAUCUGUCUGUACGUAUGAAGCCGUAACCUAAAAGUGGACCAUAUGGAUAUUUUUUAGUCUUCAACAUAUCUCAACGAUAUGAUAGGCUGCUUACUACUUCUUGAUACCAUUUGGUUUGCUUUUGGAGUCAUUAUUCGCACAUCCUAGUAUCUAGCAUCCUUGGUCAAAUGAUAUAGAAGUACAAGUUUUGCAGUUUAUUUUUCCGUAGAAUGAUUUUGAAUUAAUUCAGUCUUGGAUUUUAAAUUGACUCCUCAACGUAUGCAGCCAGCAAAAGUUAUAUGACAAAUGUUGUUUCUAAGUGGUUAAUAGAAAAAAAAUUACUGAAAAUACUAAAAAUGCAGUUGUUUGUCGUAUAACCACCUUGUUAUAUCAAUGUGAUAUUUUACAGUUUUUUCGUACACCAGUUAAUUAAGAUACACAAAAAACAAGAGUUACAUUUGUUACUAGUUGUCCUAUGGGCUAACUAUAUUUUACCUUUGAUCAUAAUGAACAACCAUUCAUUCAUUACUAUCUAAGUCUAAAUUAUGUAAAGAGGUUUCAUAGCAGAUUAACUCUUAUCAACAAUUUCACAUCCACUUGCUAAAUUUGUAAAUUUGUUUAGACAUUUCAUCUACUAGUACUUUUUGUAGUAUAUGCAUUUGCCAUAUCACUUUAGUCUCCAUAUAUACAGAUACACCAUUCGUGUGUCCAUGGUAAUCUGAGUACGAUUUUUUAUAUUUUGAUAUAAAUACUUUAUAUUUUUUUACUUUAUUUAUAUAUUUAGUUUUAAGGUAAGAGACGAUGAUUUUCAUUGCUCGUGUGUAUGUAAAUAAGCUUAAUGAUAUGUAUUCAUGAUG